AUGGCCACGUUUCCGGGGUUUGCUGGAAGUUGCUCUAAGGCUGAUAACAAAGCGGCAUCUGCUGAUGCAAUGGCAGCCAAAUCACUGGCAAUACCACUAGCAACUCCAGUUGAACUAGCGGAGGCAGCUGAGGAGGCUGAAGUUGGUGCGCCGCUGGAUGGAACACCACUGGAUGGUGCUCCAGAAGUUGGUGCGCCGCUGGAUAGAACACCACUAGACUGGGCUCCAGAAGUUGGUGCGCCGCUAGAUUGGACGCCACUAGAUGGAGAUCCAGAAGAAGGAGCACCGCUAGAUUGGACACCACUUGAUGGAGCGCCGCUGGACUGGACACCACUAGAAGGAGCUCCAGAGGUUGAUGUACCACUAGAGGGCUGUGGGCCACUACGCUGGGCUACAGAAGAUGGCCCACUAACUGAACUUUCUCCAGAUGUGAGAGCACUAUUGGCGCUAGCCAACGUUCCAGAAGACGAAAGACUAGAAGUGGUCGCAGAAAGGACAUUACUAGUGAGAGCAGAUGAAGUUGUUCCAGUUGUACUGCUGUUCGCAAAUGGAGCACUGGAUAAUCUAAACGAACUAGGGGCUGCGGAGGAGACUAAGGAAGAAGUUGGGGAUGAAGCAGCAGAAGAAAUUGCUGAAGAUGCUGCCGAAGAACCAGCUGAAGAGGCAACUGAUGAAGCUGCUGAUGAAGCUGCUGAUGAAGCUUCUGAUGACGAAACAGAUGAAGCUGCAACAGAAGACGAAGCGACUGAUGAGGCGGCAGAAGAAGCUGCAGACGACGAAGCGACUGAUGAAGCAGCAGAUGAUGAAGCGACUGAUGAAGCAGCAGAUGACGACGCGGCAGACGACGAAGCGACUGAUGAACCAACUGACGACGAAGCGACUGAUGAAGCAGCAGACGACGAAGCGGCAGAAGAAGCAGCUGAAGAAGCAGCUGACGACGAAGCGGCAGAAGAAGCAGCUGAAGAAGCAGCUGACGACGAAGCGACUGAUGAAGCAGCUGACGACGAAGCUACUGAUGAAGCAGCUGACGACGAAGCGGCAGAAGAAGCAGCUGAAGAAGCAGCUGACGACGAAGCGACUGAUGAAGCAGCUGACGACGAAGCUACUGAUGAAGCAGCUGAUGACGAAGCGGCAGACGAGGCGACUGAUGAAACAGCAGACGACGAAGCGGCAGAAGAAGCAGCUGAUGAAGCAGCUGAUGACGAAGCAAUUGAUGAGGUAGCUGAAGACGAAACGGCAGAAGAAGCAGCUGACGACGAAGCGACUGAUGAAGCGGUGGAAGAAGCAGCGGACGACGAAGCAGCUGACGAAGGGGCAGAAGAAACAGCUGAAGACGAAACUGCUGAUGAGGCGGCAGAUGAAGAAGCUGCUGAAGAAGAAGCGGCAGAAGAUGCUGUUGAAGACUCGGCUGAAGAACCACUAGAAGAAGCGGCAGAUGAAGAUGCAGCUGAAGAAGAAGCGGCAGAAGAUACAGCAGAAGAAGAAGGUGCCGAAGAGGACUCAGCAGAAGACGAGGCUACUGAAGACGAAAUUGCUGACGACGAAGCGACGGAUGAAGCUGCCGAAGAUGAAGCGGCAGAAGAUGAAGCGGCAGAAGAAGAUGCAGACGACGAAGCGACUGAUGAAGCAGGAGAUGAUGAAGCGACUGAUGAAGCAGCAGAUGACGACGCGGCAGACGACGAAGCGACUGAUGAACCAACUGACGACGAAGCGACUGAUGAAGCAGCAGACGACGAAGCGGCAGAAGAAGCAGCUGAAGAAGCAGCAGAAGAAGCAGCUGAAGAAGCAGCUGACGACGAAGCUACUGAUGAAGCAGCUGACGACGAAGCGGCUGAAGAAGCAGCUGAAGAAGCAGCUGACGACGAAGCGACUGAUGAAGCAGCUGACGACGAAGCUACUGAUGAAGCAGCUGACGACGAAGCGGCAGAAGAAGCAGCUGAAGAAGCAGCUGACGACGAAGCGACUGAUGAAGCAGCUGACGACGAAGCGGCUGAAGAAGCAGCUGAAGAAGCAGCUGACGACGAAGCGACUGAUGAAGCAGCUGACGACGAAGCGGCAGAAGAAGCAGCUGAAGACGAAGCAGCUGAAGACGAAGCAGCCGAAGACGAAGCGGCAGAUGAAGAAGCUGCCGAUGAAGCUGCAGAUGAGGACUCAGCUGAUGAAGAAGCGGCAGAAGACGAAGCUGCAGAUGAGGACUCAGCUGAUGAAGAAGCGGCAGAAGACGAAGCUGCUGAAGACGAUGCGGCCGAAGAAGAGGCUUCCGACGACGAGGCUGCCGAAGACGAAGCUGCCGAAGACGAAGCUGCUGAAGACGAAGCUGCUGAAGAUGAAGCUGCCGAAGACGAAGCUGCCGAAGACGAAGCGGCAGAUGAGGAGGCUGCCGAUGAAGAAGCUGCCGAAGACGAAGCAGCUGAAGACGAAGCGGCCGAAGACGAAGCGGCCGAAGACGAAGCUGCCGAAGACGAUGCGACAGAUGAGGAGGCUGCCGAUGAAGAAGCUGCAGAUGAGGAUUCAGCUGAUGAAGAAGCGGCAGAAGACGAAGCGGCAGAGGACGACGCGGCAGAGGACGAAGCUGCCGAAGACGAAGCUGCUGAAGAUGAAGCUGCCGAAGACGCAGCUGCUGAAGACGAAGCUGCUGAAGACGAAGCUGCUGAAGACGAAGCUGCUGAAGACGAAGCUGCCGAAGACGAAGCGGCCGAAGACGACGCGGCAGAUGAGGAGGCUGCCGAAGAAGAAGCGGCAGAAGAAGAAGCUGCUGAAGAAGACGCUGCUGAAGACGAAGCGGCCGAAGAAGACGCUGCCGAUGAAGAAGCUGCAGAUGAGGAUUCAGCUGAUGAAGAAGCGGCAGAAGACGAAGCGGCAGAGGACGAAGCUGCUGAAGAUGAAGCAGCAGAAGACGAAGCGGCCGAAGAAGAAGCUGCUGAAGAUGAAGCAGCAGAAGACGAAGCGGCCGAAGAAGACGCUGCUGAAGACGAAGCGGCCGAAGAAGAAGCAGCAGAAGACGAAGCGGCCGAAGAAGAAGCUGCUGAAGAUGAAGCAGCAGAAGACGAAGCGGCCGAAGAAGACGCUGCUGAAGACGAAGCGGCCGAAGAAGAAGCAGCAGAUGAGGAGGCUGCCGACGAAGCUGCUGAAGAUGAAGCAGCAGAAGACGAAGCGACAGAAGAAGAAGCAGCAGAUGAGGAGGCUGCCGACGAAGCUGCUGAAGAUGAAGCAGCAGAAGACGAAGCGACAGAAGAAGAAGCGGCUGAUGAGGAGGCUGCCGACGACGAAGCUACCGACGAAGAGCAAGCACCAUCAUUUGGAGGAGGUGUGGGCGUUGGUGCGAGAGAUGUAAUACUAUAUUGA